UUAAAUUAUUAUUAGUCUUUUUCAUAUAUUCUAAUUGUCUGAAAAAGCCUUAGGAAAGUAUUGAAGCACUCACUUUUUGAAGGUUAGCAAUAUACAAAAAUAUUUGCUAAGAAUUAUCGACCGAUCUUGGAAUAGAGUGGAUAUGCAACCGGACAUUAGACUCGAUGAACGGCAAUGCGGUCUUCACACACUACUUGUAUAUGCGCGCAUUCUCACACCACGUAUUUUAGUUCGGUCGUGUCCGGAUCUGCGAGUAGAUGGCGCUAAGAACCGUUCCCUCUUUACCAAGGGGAGAAAGAGUUUGUAUCUCUAGCCCAAACUUCGCGAUAACGUGUCAAAACUGCGUUUGCCGCUACGAAUAAGCGCUCUUUGUGCACGUAUAUUGUUAUCUGAGGGCCGACUGUGCAGAACGUCGCGACUUCUUUUCCAAUGAAAGAAUCGUGAGAAAUCGCUAUUGCGCGAGAUCGCAGUUACACUCGGGGUGCCUUGUAACCCAAUUGCGAACGACUGACACCCGUAAUGAAGUAAUCAACGUAUCCUUGUCGAAAUGCUUAACCUAACAAGGAAGUUCAUCGGUACAUUGUGCAUUCCGUCAAAUGGCAAACAUGAGCAGCAGUGGCAGCGUCACCAAUGCCAGUCCAGGAUGCGGCAAUAUUGAAAAAAUAUAGUAACUAGAUCAAAUGUAAAGAUUACGGCCGACCCAUUUACUAUAUCUCACUCAAUAAUAUGGUGAUGGCAGGAAACGAAGGUACGCCAGCAACCUUGGCAGAUGACGCAUUAUCCGCAAGACUCCAGUGGCUACGUCAGCGUAGAGAGGCCUUGCAAGAGAAGCUCACUCAGAAGAAUAAUGAGUUGAAGAACUUGUGCGUGGAAGAGGCGGAGAUAACGGGAGUUUUGCCUCCGGAAAUACCUUUAGAGCCUGGGGAGAGUCCACCGACUUUCCGCAGAAGAGUGGGCUCUGCACUUAUGUAUCCGACGAAAUUAAUCAACAAACUGAAGACAAUCGAUACCGAGGAGUCGGAAUUGGAGUUAGAACGACAGGUGCAGCUUGGAAUAGUGGAGGCUGCGCUGGAGGUCGUCAAUGAUCCCACAGAGAGCAAGGCCACACGACGCAAGCACAGACUCGCCUAUCAGCAGGGCCAGCGAAGGUUGCAGGAACUGGAGACCGAAUUGAACUUCAUCCGGCAGAGUCGCGGUAAGGUACACCGGCAGACGACGCAGCUGCCAGUCACCGGGAUGCAAGGGGGUUACAACACGCAUUCGCACGUUAACGUGAAGCACCGAACGAAGAAGCCACGACCACCGUUGGACGGUACAGGGAACGAGGUCAACGCUGCCAAGUCCGUCGGGAGAGGUAUACUUCACGAAACCGGCAUUAGCCUCAGUCCCCUGGGGCCCGAGGACAAGUGUAUCACAGGAUAUCCCGGACACGGGUACGAGGAGCAGCUGGCCGUGCCGAACCUCUGUAACGUCCACCACCACACUUAUCCCGGCGUCAGUCCGGUCGAAUCGGCCAAUAUCAAGAUCGUAGAGCAUGAUCACAACGACAACCAGAACAUCUACAUCCUGCCUGACCAAUACCGCGCCCGUACGUACUCCCACGGCAGUGGGGGUUCUCGCGGCCACCGGGACCACUGUCAGGACUUCGAUCGAACGUACCGUCCUUAUGUGCCGAACACUUACACCGACGAUGAGCGCCAGAUGCGCUAUCGGCAGUUUCAGCAGCAACAGCAAUACCUGCAGAAGCAGCAGCUGCACGAGCACAUGGCACCGCCGCCGAACUACAGGCUGCAGUACGGCUCGGUCGAGUACAAGCACUUGGACAAUGCGGACAUCGUGCGGAGGAGCAGCCAGAUAUCCUACGACAGGGAUUUUCGAGCCUCUCAUUACGCCCCCGUCACCGACUAUCAGAUCUAUUACAAGAACAGUACGCAGCCUGUGCAGAGGCGUCCCGCGGACCGCGACUCGUCGUCGUCGUCGUCCAGCGGCAAGAACACCUUGCGGCACACAGGCGCGCCGAUGAUCGACGGCCAGUUGCCGGCCGGCUAUUGGAUACGUCAGGACGACGACAUCGUCUGGGUGAGCAUGGACGAGCCAGCCAUGCCCACCGACCGAUUUGGCAGUCUGGAUCGCAGACGGCGGAACGCCCAGCACAACGUCGGCGUUAACCCGGACGCGCAGUCGCGUUAUCGCACCGUCGCGCUCGCCGGCACCAAGUCUGCCGUCGCUGCGCCCAGUACCUCCGUGUCGUCGUCGUCCCACCAGCACCACUCCGUCCACUUGUUACCGCUGUCCGAGCAGCAAAUGCCGCCGGUGAACAACAAGAUGCUGCUGCGCACGCAGUCGUUGGGUAGCGUGGAGACGUGGCAGUCGAGUCACAGCCACGACUCGCACGACGGCAAGGACAUCACGACGACGACGGAGUACACUAAUCGCAAGAGCCGCCAGAAGGAGUGGUACGAGACGUCCUUGGAUUCGGGAGUGAGCGUGGGUCUCGACCAGAACCUGAUCGCCGUGCGCAAGAACGCGCAUUACCAGUCGAGCCCGCCACCGGCUCGCAUCAAGACUGUCGGCAACGAAGGCGCGAAGGACGAUCAGAUGAUGGUCGCCGGGCCGUCGAUGAGUCCGGUGAAUCGUCAGAAGAGGGACAAACUCGAGGAGCGGCAGCACAUGUUGCAGCAGCCUCACACGCGUUAUGAACAGCCCGCGACGAGGCCGAAAGUGCUGGAGAUACCUGCCGAGUCGAAGCCAUCCCACGACGUCUGCGACGACACGACGGUGCGACCGCCGUUGGGCUCGCCGCAGAACUGCACGGUGGUCCAGGCGGGCAAGUACCAACCGUACCGCGAGGUGACCAAGCCCUUCGAGAUGUCCGACUUCUACAAGUAUUCUACCAAGUUCCGGAAGAGAAACGAGGCCGUCGGAAGCCAGCAGUUAGGGAACGACUCGCCGCUCCAGGAGAACCGGCCCGUCGGGGAGUGCGCACCGGGAACUGGCGAUUUGUCCAAGGAUUCAAACGCCUACAGUUACGGGCAGAACGGCGGCGCCAGCGUAACCGCCAGUCCAGUGCAGAGGAGGAUUUAUCAGCCGGUGCAGCGGAUGACCUGCCAGCCGUAUCUCGCGUCCUUGAGAUAAUCGCUCGAGAUAAACGCACACGUCGUAGUGCUCGUUCGCGAUAUCGCUCGUUAUUGUUCGCAUCGUACUGCCAACAUGGGUGGUAUGCGAAUAUAGAAACUCGAUGCAGAUAGGCUGGACCUAUCGUAGUGACGUUUUCUUUGUUUUUUUGUAGCUUAGCCUUUUCAGGGAUGAAUUUAUCGACUUCGGAGGGAAACCGAUUUAAUUGAUUUAAUUUCGAAGUGACACGAAUAUGACAUCUGUCAAUCGCAUGACGGGGGGGGUCUCGCCCCCCCCCUC